AUGACAACACAAUUAAAACCUAGUAUUACACGCGAGGAGCUAGGUAAGCAGAGAACUAUUGAAUAUUGCUUCAAAAAUGCGCAGGAGAGGCUGCGUAAUGAAGUAGCUUUGAAGAACAAGAGGAACGAAGGUCCGCAAGCGAAGGAAAGCACAGCACAGAAGGAAUUGGAAGAGUUUCUGACGGGCGCAAUCAAUAUCACGGAUCUCAUUGCAACGUUCGAAAGGACUCCGGAGAGAGAAAAGAAGGAUGAGAGGUUUGAGCAGUUGAUGACGACUCUCGCUCGGGUUCAAUCCCUUGGGGAUGAGUUGAUUUCCGCAGCGCCUGAAAGCGUGUCUCUUGUAUGGUUUGGAUUAAGUUCGCUGAUAUCGAUUGGAACAAUGAAAGUCACGGUUCGACAAUGUAUUUACAGUACCUGCAGCUCCAUUGUGGCCAUGGUAGAGCUCUGCUUCCAACUGGAAAAACGAGAGCAAAACUAUAACCAACCAUCAAAAACGGUCCGAACUACAAACAGUCCUAGUAUCUGGGAUUCCAACAUCCCUGAACUCAUUUUUCUGAUAUUAGACUUUUUGUGGCAUGCAAAACCUCAUCGGGCAACCAAAGGUCUUAAAGGCUUUGGAAAGACCAUUAAGGAAGCCUUCACCGGUGCUUUAGAAGAGAAAAGUGCAGCUUUACUUGAGUAUUACCAAAAAGUUGUCGAAAAGGCGCAACGGCUUUACGAAGACUUCCUCAUCUGCGAAAACAUAGAGUGGCUUUUGACCGAUUAUACCUACUUGGACUGGAAAUCUAGAUCAACCGAUGCGGGGCUACUAUGUCUGGAGGCACCAAGAGGCCAUGGAAAAUCGACUGCUAUGGGGCAGAUAUGCCGAGAUUUACAGAUCGACGGGCAAAAUAUAAUACUAAGAUUCUUUUUCAAAAAGGGUGACAACGACAUCCAAAGGACACAUACGGCACUGGAAACAGCCCUAUUUCAACUCUUGGACGAUGAACGCAUUCGAAGCAAUGAUGAAAUCUUGGCAGAAGUUGUAGAGAUCUUAAAUCCAUCUUAUGGAUCUGAAGGCGAAACUGUCAAAUCCAUUUCUUUUGAAAACCCAGACGCAAUGAGUGAAGUGAUCUCAAAGAUCACGUCAGUCAUUCCGAAUCGCGUCUACUUGAUACUCGACGCACUUGAUGAAUGUCAAGAUCGAAAGGAAAAGGAUAUUCUUGAUUGUUUCAAACAGCUUCUCGGAGACAACCUUCGGGUUAUAGUCUCUGCACGCGAUACUAUCAACAUAACAGCGGAAUUGGACUCUGCCGAUUAUAAAAUGGUGUAUACUCCAGAGCAAGUUGAAACGGCCGCCUCGCCGGCUGUUAGAAUGAUAAGGAUUACGAAGGAAAGAAACGCCGAAGAUGUUAAAAAAUAUCUCGAGUUUGAGGUCGAGCAGGUCAUGGGGCCUCUUAUCAAUAAAGAUCGGAACGAAAAUUACUUUCUUUCCCGAGUCAAAAACAUUGUUGACACAAUUUUCAGCAAGGCCAAUGGGGAUUUUACUAGAGCCCGACUUAUUCUAACACAUCUAAAACAACCCUCGAAGCUUCCAUUGGAUAAGAAAAUCGAAAAAUUACCAGACUCUAUCGGAGAUAUCUAUAUGUCCAGUCUAGAAGCUUUAACACCCAAUCAGCAAGAGUUGGUUGUUACGGCGCUAAAGUGGAUCGUUUGGGGAGUUUCAGGAGUUCAUAUUACCGAGAUUUCGGAUCACUAUCGAGAAAUUUAUCAUCAAGACCGGGUAAUGGAUGAAAAUCCUUCAGAAGUCGUGCCUCCAAACGGAAACCCCGAGGCCAAUCCUACCGAAAUGGUAGAAUGCAAUCUCUUGCCGUUCAGGGAGGAGAACUUGGGACCGGAAGUCAAAGAAGUUCUCAAUCAUCUUCGUGAUGGAGGACGCGAUUUCUUCCGUUAUGACUCAAACACUGAUCUGGUUACUGUAGAUAUUUCCAUUAGAGAAUGGAUAAGAAACGAUACUGCGAGUCAUUCAGGUGCAAAUCGGCCAUCUAUGAUGAAUGGGUUUCAUAGAUAUCGCGACAUGAAUGGGUAUACGGUUUUCCAACUUACUCUCACGCCCUCCUUCGUGAAAUAUGGAGAUAUUCUCUCCCCUCUAUUCAACGAGAGAGAAGCACAAAUGAAUUUAACCCUGAACAUACUCCGCACACUAAACAAUCGAGAGUUUAAAGAAAAAUAUAUGCCCUGGAGCCGACGCUGGAGCCUAGAAGAAAAUUAUCGGCCUAGAUACGAGAUCGAACACUGGCACGAUCAUCUCGCCAUAUUACAAAAGUGGUAG